AUGAGAUUCUUGCGAUGGGAUCGCGCUCUGAAGCUAUGCAUGGACAAGUCUGGCAAGAACAGAUGGGAUAGCGAUCCCAUGAUCCUGAAUCAAGAGGCCCACGAGCUGCCCGUGGAGAAGCAGCGCCAGGCUUUGGACUUUGUGGAAGAUGCCUCGGACGACAUGCGCACCAAGUUGGCACCGAUGUGGAAAUACUGCUUCGUCCAGUGGCACAUCUACGACGCCGGAACGGAGGCAACCGAGAAGGGCACUCCCGUGGCAGUGAUGCUGAGAGACCCAGACCUCCGCGCCGAUGUGGAGACCCUGCGCGUCCUCUGCGACAGCGGGGACUUGGAUAGCGCCUCCACUUCAGAGGAGUGGAUGUGGAAGCUCUUGGACCCUCUUCCUGAGCAGGGAACGUUGCCGAGUGACGAAGUAACGAAGUUGAUCCAGGACGGUAAAGAGGAACGUCACCUCGGAGUCGUCGCCUUCAAUGAGGAGCGCUUCGACAAGGCUUUGUGGCACUUCUGGCAGGGCCAGAAGCUCUUGGCGACCGCACCUGGGGGCGGCCCGGUGGCGAAGCUCCGGUCGGAGCUUCUCAAGAACCGGUCGGCGGCCGCACUAAAGCUGGGGCUGCCGCGCGGGGCGCUGAGCACCGCCAACGCAGCGCUGGGCAUCAACCAGGGAGAUGAGAAGGCCUGGUAUCGGAAGUACUGCGCCCUGCAAGCCCUGCAGCGCGAAGGCGAGGCCAAUCAGGCGCUGGCACGAGCCGGACUUACGCCGCCACCAGCGAAAACAGCGGCAAAGAAGACUACCACAAGAACAAGAACCCCGGCGCUGCCGGACAAAAAGAUUUCGAAGCCCAAGGAGCUGGAUCCCAGCCUCCUGAGCCUCUUUGAAGACCUGGUCUUCAUCGAGAUCGGCGUAGAUUCCGUCCUGGCAGUGGACCUGGUGCGUCACCUGCAGGCCGAGCUCCCGGAGACGCAGCUCUCCCUGAGCCUGAUCUACGACCGUCCUACUGUGCGCGAGACCAUCAACGAGCUGAUGGGCAGAAUCAACGCGAAGAAAGGCGAUUAUCUUCGCCGGCGCAUGGCAAGCACCAUGUGGAGAGCCCUUUGUGACGCUCUGGGCAAGGACCCGCUGAAGCAGCAGAGACUGGCACGUUCCCGGCCGCUUUACACCGAGAUCCAGGCCAUGGACAUCCUUUCGGACCUGCAGAAAGCCUACGAAUCACCGAGCUUCGUGAAGGCCGCCGCGGAGAUCGCCCGACAGUCGGCAUUCGAGCAGAGGUCCUUCCUGAUGAGCCUCAGGCCGAAAGCGCUGGAGGUGCAGAAGCCCAUCCUCAGGCGCCUGGGACUUCCCGUGGACUCCCAGGGCCUCCGGGACUUAGAAGCUGCCUUGAUCAACACGGCGCGGCAGGCGCCGGCGGUGCGGGAGAAGCUUCGGAUGGUGCGCAUGGCCCAGCAAGGUGGGGACAACGGCAUGUGGACCAUCAACGUGGAACAGAACCCGUGGUGGUCUGACAGCAACUCCAUGCAGCUGCGAGCCGUCUUUACCAAAUCCGACCCCUUCGGUGCAGCUCACAUCAACACCAACGCGGUGCCGGUGAACUGA